AUGGUGGAGUUGCAAUCUUAUGUGUUCCUUGAUGAUGUGAUCGAACUUGCUGUUAAGGUGGAGAGACAAUGCAAGCAUGGUGCAAGUAAGCCAAGUAAGACUACCAACUCGUCUUCCUUAUCACCAUGGUCCGUCCCUAAGGCAGUUCUAAAACAAGUAGAAAAAGCCUCUGAAUAUCCAAAUAAGAGGAUGAUGUUCAUUCAGGGGUCACAAGAAGAAAUUGAAAGUGAAGAUGAGGCUAUUUUAGAAGAGGUAAAAGAAGAUUAUGUGGAGUUUGCAGAUGAAGGAGAGCUGUUGGUUAUUCGUCGCAACCUGAACCUACAAGCCAAAGUAGAUGAUGAGCAGCGUGAAAAUAUCUUCCAUACCAGGUGCACCAUCCAUGAUAAGGUAUGUGGUGUUAUCAUUGAUGGGGGUAGCUGUACCAAUAUGGCUUUUACUAUUUUGAUAGAAAAACUUAAUCUGGUGACUAUGAAGCAUCCCCGUCCCUAUAGAUUGCAAUGGCUUACUGACGAUGGUGAUGUGAAGGUUACAAAGCAGGUUGUAGUACCUUUCUCUAUUGGUAAGUCCUACAAAGAUGAGGUUGUUUGUGAUGUGGUUCCUAUGAAAGCCAGCCAUCUUCUUUUGGGAAGGCCUUGGCAGUACGAUCGGAGGGCUAUUCAUGAUGGCUUCAAAAACACAUAUUCAUUUGCCAAGAAUAGGAAGAACAUAGUGUUGGCACCACUUAGCCCGCAACAGGUCCAGAAGGAUCAGCUUGUGAUUGAAAAGGGCAAGAAAGAGAACCUAUUUGCCAACAAGGGGGAAGUGAAGCGAGUUUUGACUAACCAUAAAAUUAUUUUUGUUCUUGUAGCUAAGUAGGUUCCAAGUGAAGAAGUCUCCCUUCCACCGCAAAUGAAGGAGAUCUUGGAGGAAUUUACAAAUGUAUUCUCGAAAGAAUUACCAAAAGGAUUGCCACCAAUCAGAGGGAUCGAGCAUCAGAUUGAUCUCAUUCCAGGGUUUGCCCUACCAAAUAGACCAGCCUAUAGAUGCAAUCCCGAAGAGGCCAAGGAGUUACAGCGGCAAGUUGCAGAUCUUUUGAAGAAGGGUUAUG